AUGGUCCAAUCGUGGAUUGCAUCUCUUUUGCUUAGCGCAGCUGUGGCUUCUUGUGCUGCCGUUCCUGGGCUCACAGCAAAUACUCCUGGGUCCCUCGGACGACGGACCCCUAGCCCUGAUGUUGUGACUAAUAAUCACAUGCCCGUGAGGACUGUACGCAAGUCGCAUUCUUUGCGUGGUAAGCGUGCUCAGCGUGGCCAGCAUGGUCUCCACCGUCGCCAGUCCACUUAUAGUGGAGGCCAGACAAAUAUCACCGAUCCUGAACAACUUUGUUAUGUUGCGGCGGUCACUUGGGGUGAUGAAACAUUUGACAUGUUGCUGGACACCGGAUCUAGCGAUACCUGGCUACUCCAAGAAGGUUAUAAGUGCCUUAAUUCUACCGGAGAUCAGGUGCCUAAAAGCAACUGCGUCACUUCACCCAACUUCUCCGGAAAUUACACUGGAGGCCAGAUUGGAAACGUGAAUUUUAACGCUACUUACGGCUCGGCAAGUGUCGCCGGCACAUAUGGCUGGGAAGACAUUACCAUUGCUGGUAUCACAGUCCACAAUGCCCAAGUGGCAAGUGUCACUGAAGCUUACUUCCAACAAACCGGGGUCAGCGGCUUGUUUGGCUUGGCUUUCUCGUCUCUGACAAAGGAGUGGCCCGGCAAUGACCCGUCCAAAAAUAUCAUGGGCGAAGGUCAGAAUUACGAGCCCGUCUUCUACAAGAUGGUGAACCAAAAAUCCAGCCUGCCGACUUUCAGCUUUGCACCAGAGCGAAACGGCAACAACGGCUACCUUGCCUUUGGUGGAAUCCCCCCGGUAAACACUACUGGAAAGACCGCAUCUACACCUAUCCUCACUACGCAAGUAAAAGAGACAGUACCCGUACCGGCCAUCGACCGAGACAGCUACUACACCAUCAACAUCGACGGUACUACCGUCACAGAAGUAAACACUCGCACCCACAAGACAAAUACCACCAAUUUCGACUCAUUCAUAGCUAUCGUGGAUUCUGGUUCUUCCGUUUCAUAUCUCCCCUCUGCCAUCGCUACCGCCCUUGCUCGCUCCUUCAGUCCUGCUGCUACGUCUAGUGGAGGGACCUAUGAAGUCCCCUGCAAUGCUACGGCCCCUAAGGUGGCCUUCGAUAUCGGCGGUGUGAAUUUCACUAUCAGCCCAGCGGACCUGAUUAUGCAAUCUGUAUAUGAUUCGGAUACUGGAUUGUGCGCUAUCGGAUUCCAAGAUGCCGCGAAUGACCCUCCCUAUAUUCUUGGUGGUACAUUCAUGAACAAUGUGCUUACGACCUUUGAUCUUGGUGCGCUGGAGAUGAGGUUCACUGCUCUGGCUGCCAACAAUUGGAAAUAG